CAACCCGGAAUCAAAGCCUAAAAUUAAUUUGGUCGAUCUGUCUUCCAAAUACAGUCAGUUACAUCCUGAAUGCACAGAAGAAACAAACACUCCAGCUACUAUCAGCACAGAGCUGCUGGUGACUCUGCAGCAGCCGCACUCAAAAUCCUGUGGCGUGUGUCAAAAUGUCGUCUGGCAGGGAGGGAUCCUGGACCUUUGUUGUAUCCGCAGUGUUGACCUUGUUUCUGCUGGAUGCUGUUGUUUUCGUGCAGGCGAAGAACUUUGAGGAUGUUCGCUGCAAGUGCAUCUGCCCACCAUACAGAAACAUCACUGGCCACAUAUAUAACAGGAAUGUGUCCCAGAAGGAUUGUAACUGCCUCCAUGUAGUGGAGCCUAUGCCGGUGCCUGGCCAUGACGUGGAGGCGUAUUGCCUUUUGUGUGAGUGCAAGUACGAGGAACGAAGUAGCAACACCAUCAAGGUAACCAUCAUCAUUUACCUGUCUGUUGUGGGUGCACUGCUGCUCUACAUGCUGUUUCUGCUGCUGGUUGAUCCUCUCAUUCGCAAACAUGAUGCCUACACUCAGCCGCUGCACAACGAGGAGGACUCUGAGGAGAUGCGUCCACCGGUGGACAGCGCCCAGGCCAGAGGAAACACGGUGCUGGAGCGGGUUGAGGGAGCACAGCAGCGCUGGAAAAAGCAGGUGCAGGAACAGCGCAAGACAGUUUUUGACCGCCACAAGAUGCUUAGUUAAACCCUACAGCUGACCUCAAAGCAGGUUUAGGUAACUCACGUGGGCUCAGCGCUUUUACACUUUUCACCAGCUGCACUCUUAUUAACCUCUUUGUCAUUGCUGUGCACUGCUGCUCCCUCUGAAUAAGCAUUUCGUCACUAGGAAAAUUUUAAGCACACUGACCCAACAAGCAGGUGUUUUUAUUUAUUAUUAUGUAAAACUUUAGGCUAAGUUGCAGUUGUGAAAAAACUGCAUGUUUGCGGACCAUUAAAGGCUAGAAAUCAUCUCAGUCAUUUCAGCAAUUUGCAAUGCAACAAAUUUUGAAUGUCUUGAUAAACUAAGAAUCCUUUUUUUCUCUGUUAAGCCAGACUGUGAAUAGCUUUUAAGCUUCCUUGUGAUCUUGUAUCUUGUUAGCUCUGUGCUCAUUUGGUAUAAUAUUAAGCUGUUUUUCUUGUAGCAUAGUUUAUGCAGUAACCUCAGAAUAGGUAAGCUUUAUGUAUGUGAAUGGGCAAAAUUUAGUUAUUUGGGUAGAAAGCAUACUCUGCCUCUGCUGUUGUCAAGCAUUUUACAUUUCAGUUUUGCAUUAAUAGUAAUUUAUUUAUGGUAAAAUUAUUGUUAGAAUUAUUAUUUAUUUGUCCACCAUUGCUGUGCAUAGUAACCUGGGCAUGUUUGGAGUAUUUUGCACUAAAUGAUUGCAAAUUUUGGGCUGUGUUAUUUUAAAGUGUCUUUAUGUAACUCUGAAAAAAGGAAAUUGUUGAGUCUCUUUUCCGUCAAAUACAAACUCUUUGGAUUAAUGGUCAGACUGAACCACCAGCUCAUUGCAUCUGUAUUUGACAACCUGAGAAUGAUACUUAACUGUCUUACUCAAUAGUUAAAUGCAACAUCUGAAAAGCUUCUAUGUUUGCUACCUUUAAGAUAACCCCAAUGUGUGCCUUUUUCUAUUUUCUCUCCUUGUGUGGGUGAAUGUGUUGCAGCAAAUUACAGUGCAUAUUGUGGCUCUUAAAUGCAAGAAAUUUAGAGCAUGUUAAACAUAACAAAUGGUGAGUUCUAUAAAGGCAUUUAAGCUGCUAUAUUGUUCACCACAUUGUUUAUUUUGAAUUUAUUAAUCGAACCUGAUUGAAAAAAGAUUACGGCCACGUAUUUUGUCCUGUAUUUUGCUGAAGAGUUUGAACAUACUUUCCCAUGCAAAGAGAGAAAUUGGAGAACGGGGCAUUAAACAGAGCUUAAUCAAAUCUCUGCCACUGGAGAAUGUCCUAAAAUCUAACCUAAUCAGUAAAGCUGCUGAUAAUUCGUUUAAGUGUGGCAGAAUCAGGAUGCCUCGUGGCUUUGGAGGGCCCUCAUGUGCAUCAUCAUGUGUCAGUAAAUUCUCCCUUGCAUCCUUCUACUGAACACAUUACCUCAUGCACAAUGUAAAAUUAUGUUUAUUGUCAAUCAUGGUUUUUUUUUUAUAUAAUUGAAGUGUUUUUGAUUGAUUUUUAGGUAUUGUCUCAUAUCACAGGAAUUAGUCUUUUUUUUUUUAUCUCCAGCCUAACUGGAGUUUUUCACUGCUUGUGUAUUCAUUCGGCUUGAUGUGAAAUAAAAAAAACCCUAUUCUUAAAAUA